AUGCAUCUUAAUGGAAAACUUGUAGAAGAGAGAACUAAGACUGAAGAACUACUUCAGCAACAAAGAUUAAAGUUUCAUGAAGAAAUGGAAGCACAGUGCUCUCAGCUCUCAGAAAAAGUCCAUACAUUACAAAAAGAAAAUGAUGAUCAAAUAAAAGUGAUCUCCCAGAAGGAAUUUGACAUUACACAGUUACAGUCUGUGAAAGAGCACUUAGAAAUAGAAAAAGAAAAUCUACAUAAAAUAGUCAGUCAACUGAAAGAGCAAUUAGCUUCUAAAGAAAGUGAAUUAAGAAAUAUAGUUACUACUUCAGAAACAGAAAACCGAGAUAAACAUAAUGAGUUAAUGAAAGAAAAAGAUAACAAUAAUAAUUUACAGAGUAAAGUUUUGGAAUUAGAAACCACCCUCAAUAAUCUUCAAAACCAAUAUUCAGAAAAUAUUGCUAAUAAAGAUUAUCAAAUUAAUACUCUGAAGGAUAUAUUACAAAAAAAAGAAACUGAAUUACAAAAUAAACAGCAAGAAGAACUUAAUAGAGCUUCAGAGUUGUAUUCUGCUUUCAAGAAUUAUAUGGAUAAUGUUCCCAGAUUGGAUAUUACCAGCUAUUUUGCUUCUAGAGGAUCAACUUCCACUCCGUUUUCAAAAAAAUAAUUUAUAAUAAUUUUUAACUUCAAAAUUAUUUUUAUCAUGUUAAAGAAUUUGGCAGUAAAUCAUUUUCACAAGUUGAAUACAAAAUUAUUAUCUAAAGCAGAUUAUCAAAUUUAUCAAAAUAUUUUAAAAAGUUUUAAAAUAAAAUGUAAAGAAUUCUGAUGAAUCAAAUUGAUGUUUUAAUUUUAUGAAAGAGUGGAUUUAAAUGA